AUGCUGCAAAAAUCCACCAUCACCGUGGUGGCGGGUGCGCUUACCUUGGUCUCAGCAUCAGCAUCAAGCUUCGAUGCACCCCCAUACUAUCCGGCGCCGUACGGUGGCUGGGUGGAUGAGUGGAGGGACAGCUACAGCAAAGCAAAGAAGCUGGUCGAUUCCAUGACAUUGGCCGAAAAGACGAAUAUUACCGCCGGAACUGGAAUUUUCAUGGACAAAAAGGCGUAUGUAGGAAACAAGGCUGACUCGGAAAUAGGCCGCUGCAAUGGAAACACCGGCUCGGCUCUUCGCGUGGGAUUCCCCAUGCUGUGUCUCGAGGAUGGCGCCGCAGGGAUUCGACAAGCCAAUCUCGUGAGCGUCUUUCCCGACGGCAUCACGGUCGGUGCCACCUUUGACAAGGAGCUUAUGUAUCGGAGAGGCGUCGCCCUCGGCCAGGAGGCGCGUGGCAAGGGCGUCAACGUCCUUCUCGGCCCUACAGUCGGGCCCAUUGGACGGAAGCCAAAGGGUGGCCGCAACUGGGAGGGCUUCGGCGUCGAUCCCACGUUGCAGGCUAAUGGAGCUCGCGAGACUAUCAAGGGAAUCCAGGAACAGGGUGUUAUCGCCACCAUUAAGCACCUAGUCGGCAACGAGCAGGAAAUGUACCGCAUGUACAACCCCUUCCAGCAAGCCUAUAGCUCCAACAUCGAUGACCGCACCCUUCAUGAAGUCUAUUUGUGGCCAUUUGCCGAAGGUGUCCAUGCCGGCGUGGGGGCCGCCAUGACUGCAUACAACGCUGUAAAUGGCUCCGCAUGUAGCCAAAGCCCCAAUCUCAUCAGUGGUAUUCUCAAGGAUGAGCUUGGCUUUCAAGGCUUCGUCAUGAGCGACUGGCUCGGUCACAUGUCUGGCGUGGAGUCCGCCCUGGCCGGCCUGGACAUGGACAUGCCCGGUGACACUCAGGUUCCGCUCUUUGGCUUCAGUUAUUGGAUGUACGAUCUGACCAGAUCUGUUCUCAAUGGCUCGGUACCAAUGACCCGUUUAAACGAUAUGGCAACUCGCAUCGCCGCCACCUGGUAUCAAAUGGGCCAAGACCAGGGCUAUCCGGCCACAAACUUUCACUACAACACCAGAGAUACCGUGGGAGCCCUUUAUCCAGCAGCUUGGCCAGAAUCUCCCAUCACUGUCGUCAAUGAAAAUAUUGACGUCAGGGCUGACCACCAUCUUGUAGCUCGACAGGUGGCUCAGGACGCCAUAACUUUGCUCAAGAACGACGGUGGACUGCUCCCACUUUCCAAAGAGCGGUCCAUCAAAGUAUUUGGUACGGAUGCUGCAAAGAACCCCGAUGGGCCAAACGCUUGCCCAGACCGCAAUUGUAACAAGGGCACGCUUGGCCAGGGCUGGGGAAGCGGUACAUCGGACUACACAUUUAUGGAGGAUCCCAUUGAAGCUCUGCAGGCGCGUGUCAAGAACGUCACUUUCUACAACACGGAUUCUAUCCCUCUGUUUUUGCCAAAUACGACGGAUGACGUCGCUAUUGUCUUCAUUAGCUCCGAUUCGGGCGAAAACACAUAUACGGUUGAGGGGAACCAUGGUGACCGCGAUGCGUCCAAGCUAAAUGCUUGGCAUAACGGCGACAAACUCGUGCAGGAUGUUGCCAACAAGUAUCAGAAUGUGAUUGUUGUCGCUCACACAGUUGGCCCUAUACUCUUGGAGCAAUGGAUUGAGCUGCCCACAGUCAAGUCAGUGCUAAUCGCCCACUUGCCAGGGCAGGAGGCCGGUACGUCACUUGCUGAGAUCCUCCUCGGAGAGGUAUCACCAAGCGGACAUCUACCGUAUAGCAUCACACAUACUGAAGAAGACAUGCCGCAAAGCGUCACCAAAUUGAUUGACUUUGAGUUUGGCAACCAAGCCAAGGAUGAAUAUAGCGAAGGUCUGUAUAUCGAUUACAGAUGGCUGAACAAGCAAAAGAUCAAACCACGUUACGCUUUUGGUCAUGGCCUCAGCUACACCAACUUCAGCUUCAGCGACGCGGCCAUUAUCAAGGGCAUCUCGCUCACCAGGACACCCCCAGCCCGGACCGAGAAGAGCGGCAUUCUGGACUACUCACAAGCCAUCCCUGAUGCAAGCGAGGGAGUCGCGCCCAACGGGUUUCACAAACUCUCCCGCUAUAUCUACUCAUGGCUGCAGCAGUGGGAAGCCAAUGACGCCGUCAAAGAUGCCAAGACCAAAAAGUAUCCGUACCCGGAAGGCUACUCGACUGCGCAGAAGCCUGGUCCGCGCGCCGGCGGUGGUCAGGGCGGCAACCCGGCACUCUGGGACACGGCCUACACGCUGUCGGUCAGCGUGGCCAACGUCGGAUCCGAGCACGCCGGCAAAGCAUCUGUCCAGGCGUACCUGCAGUUCCCAGACGACGCGGGCUACGACACGCCUGUCAUCCAGCUGCGAGAUUUUGAGAAGACGCGAACGUUGGCGCCCAACGAGUCCACGACCGUCCAGCUGCGGCUGACGCGCAAGGACUUGAGCGUCUGGGACACGGAGAUGCAAGACUGGGUGGUGCCCAAGGUUGACGGGGCCUAUAAGGUAUGGAUUGGUGAGGCCAGUGACAAUCUGGGCACUGUCUGCCGCGUCGACACGAUGAAGUGUGAGAGUGGCGUCAAGGGCCCGGUCUAA